AUGGCCUCAACUAAGUUACCUAUUCGCUACGAAGAUCCUGAGUAUCAGGACGCUCAUCGUGCAGUGUUUCAAGGAUCCUUGACUCGACCAUUGAAACAGGUGCUGCCACCAGGCAUAAGCCAGGCUGAUUUCAAUCUCGCUAUCGAAGAGUUUGUACGUGUGCUUGGUUCCAACGGAGUCUUGAUUGGUGAUGCCAUAUCGGACUACGUCGACCCAUAUGAGCUGCACGAGGACAAUGAUUCGGAGCGGAAAGUUGCGAGCGCGGCUGUACUCCCUCGAUCCGUCGAGGAGCUUCAAUCUAUCUUGAAAGUCGCCAACAAGUAUACCAUUCCAUUGUGGACAUUUUCGCGAGGGAAAAACCUUGGAUACGGUGGACCAGCGCCUCGAGUGUCAGGCUCUGUUGCAGUGGAUCUACACCGAAUGAAUCGCAUUAUCGAAGUCAACGAAAAGUUUUCAUAUGCCGUGGUGGAGCCAGGCGUUACUUUCACCGACCUUUACAACUACUGCGUCGAAAAUAAGCUAUCUGUAUGGCCUAGCGUCCCAUCUCUUGGCUGGGGAAGUGUCGUGGGAAAUACACUCGAUCGAGGCACCGGUUUCACCCCAACCGCAACCCACCACCAGAACAUUAGUGGAUUGGAGGUUGUUCUGGCAGAUGGCGACGUUGUCAGAACUGGCCAAUUCGGGAUUUCAAAUUCAAAGGCUGCUCACCUGUCUAAGUUCUCUUUUGGUCCGUCUAUUGAAGGUCUUUUCCUUCAGAGUAACCUCGGCAUUGUUACUAAAAUGGGCAUCUGGCUAUAUCCUCAACCACCUGCGUAUGCAUCAUGCACAAUCGACUUGCCAAACUUGGAGGACGUGGAACAUCUCGUUGAUCUCUUCAACGAGUUACGCCAGAUGGGCGUUGUCCCCAAUACUUUCUACGUCUCGUCCCUGACGGAGUGGAUUGCAAUGGCAGGCACGCGGAAACAAGCAUGGUCUGGACCAGGCCCAAUCCCUCUGUGGCGUCUUCGUGAAUUACAGAAAGAAUUAGAUGUGGGAUUCUGGAAUGGCAAGUUUGGUCUCUAUGGUCCCCUUGAAGUGGUAGAAGGCCAUCUGGAGGCGAUCAAACGCCUCGCUGCCGAGCGACUUCCGACAGCCCGCUUCCGCAGCCAGGUAUAUAGCGGUAAAGACGGCCAGCCCCUGAAAGCAGAAGAUGUGCCGACUGAAGAUGGCGGGUUCUUUGUGGGCGUUCCCUCCUUGUGGAGCUUGCCCAUGAUCAAGUUCCGACUCCCUGAGAAUGGCGGUGGUGUCGCUGGUCAUAUCGACUAUUCCCCUAUCAUCCCGAGCUCAGGAAAGGCCGUUCUGGAGUGGGUGAAACUCUCGCAAAAGAUUUGCGAGGACAAUGGCUUUGACCUUUUCUGUGAUUUCUUCAUCCAUGAACGCCAUCUCAUUUUUGUCAACUUCAUGACCUUCGACAAAGCUAAUCCCAGUGACCGACUAGCCAUCAAGGAGAUUUUCCGCGGACUGUUUAAGGAGGGGAAGUCCCGGGGUUACAGUGCAUACCGAACACAUGUGAACUUCAUGGAUGCUGUGGCUGACUUCUACGACUUUAACAAUCAUGCUUAUCGUCGCUUCGUGGAACAACUGAAGGAUUCUAUUGAUCCUAACAGCAUUCUCUCUCCAGGUAAGCAGGGGAUCUGGGGUCGUCGGUUCCGACAAACGAACACCAAGCUCCGGGGCCUCCUUUAA